AUGCAAAGUAUGGACUCUUUAAAACCAGAGUUAUGGACCUGCUCCUCUAACACUUGCACGAAAAUUUCGAUCGUCAAUUCAAAAAGCAACAAAGUUGUAACUUUCAAUCCUAGGUUCACAUAUCCAAUUUUUGGAGAAUCUGAACAAAUUUUUGGAUAUCAGGAUCUAGAAAUAAUUUUAGCCUUUGAAAGCAAGACCUUUAAACCUUUAAUUAAUGUUAAAUACUCUAAAAAAUUAGAUGAAGAUUCAUUGGACGGUAGCAAGUCACCGCUAGAUAUGUUAUUAGAGUUUUUCCCUUCCAAAGAUGAUUUGGUUAUUAAAGAUGAAUUACAAUGGACUAAGAGCUUUGAAAGUGACUCUUUGGAUUUGCCAACCUUGGGCGAAUUGAUCGAUGAAAAUGGAAAUAUUAGUGUUUACAAAUGUAACAUAAAGGAUGUUAAACUUUUACACCAAAGAAUUCAAAUUUUCACCUUGUUUUUCAUUGAGGGAGCCAGUUAUAUUGAUGAAAAUGAUACAAAUUGGGAUGUUUAUUUUAUAAUCAACAAUGAAACUAAAGAUAUAUUGGGCUAUACUACAUGUUAUAGAUUCUGGAAAUACGGAGGUCACGAAGAAUUUGACAAUUUAACAACGGAUUAUCCAAUUCGAUCUAAAAUUUCUCAAUUUUUAAUUUUUCCACCCUACCAAAACAAAGGAUAUGGUUCAAUCUUGUAUACUAGCCUGAUGAAUUAUUGGUUGACUCUGGCCAAUGUUAAAGAAAUUACGGUUGAAGAUCCAAAUGAAGAUUUUGAUUAUCUAAGAGACGUUAAUGAUUUAAAGUUAUUAUUGAAGUUGGGUAUUCAAGACCAAAUAGAGUUUGAUAAAAAAACUGCCUCUAAUAGUAUAAUAUCUCAAAAAUGGAUUGAUAAAAUAAAACCUACUUUAAAAUUAGAAUCUAGACAACUUAUUAGAUUAUUGGAAAUGCUCUUGUUAUACAAAAACGCUCCUCAAUUUAGAUUGCAAGUAAAAAAAAGAUUAUUUGAAAAAAAUUAUGAUGCUCUAAUAGAAUUGGAUACACCUUCAAGAAACGAUAAAUUGCAAACAGCAUUUUUGAACAUUAAAAAUGGUUAUCAAUCAGUAAUUGAUUGCGUAACGAAUAGUCAUCAAAAUAAGAGGAAAAAUAAAGAUGACAACCAACAAAAUCAAGAUAGCAAACGAUCAAAAAAUCAAUAA